AUGGCUCACAUCGUGCUUCUAGUUGUCUUUUGUGUGUUGUAUUCAUGGCAAAUACAAGGGUCCAGUGCUGUGACAACUGUGUUUGUGCAGAAAGGGAAGAAUUUACAUCUGGAUGUUAACAAACCUGUUGUUCUAGGAAAAUAUGAUGAAUUUAGGUGGAGAUUCAAUGACACUCACAGUAUAGUGAGAUUAUUUCCUGAUAAACCACUAAGAAUAGUUGACCCUUAUGAAGGAAGGGUUGAGUUUUCUGUACAAAGUCACUCUUUGUUUUUGAAGAAUGUACAACACAGCGACAGUGGAGAUUACACUGCACUCUUAACUGGAGACAAAAACCAACCUCUAGCUGAAUACAAGGUCAUAAUUCAAGAUCCAGUGUCUCCAGUUCAGCUGUCAGUGAAGUCUGUGUCUAACAGCAGAGAGUCCUGUAGCCUCACUGUGACCUGCAGUACAGAGGACUCUUUCAUCAGCUUCACUUUUAGAUGUGACAACCAAACCUGCAAUCAGGAGGGAGGAGAGCAGUCAGAGAACACAACCUCUGGUUCUUCUCUCCGUGUCUACCUGUUCAAUGACUCCAUUAUCUGUAACCAUAGUAACCAGGUCAGCUGGACCAGAGACAUGAAGGAGAUUUGGCCUCUCUGCUCUCUAACUGCUGAUACUAAUGAGGGUAGAAGAAUAGCCAUUGGGAUAGUGAUCCCGGUUUUCCUCCUUUGUAUUUGUUGCCUUUACAGAAGAAUCACAAACCAACAGAAAAGAAAAAACAGUGAAAAUCCAAUAUAUGAAAGUAUUCAGGAUAUCAAUCUCAACCAAACUCCUAAUCCGAAUGCCACAGAAGAUGCUUCAGGUCUUUCUCCAACCUCCACCUACGCUUUGUUAGGACAUUCAACUGCACCUGUACAAUCCACUGAGACUGUAAACACCCCCAAACCAGAGACCAUUUACUGUAUGCUCUAAUUACCGAACUUCCAAAGUCCGACAUCCAGAACUGAAAGAACAGAAAAUUAUAAUGAUUUAGUCCAUUCACAGGACUAAAUCCUGGUCUGCCAUUGUUGUUGCUUCUUCUCCUUCUUCUCUGUAUUGUUGUUGCUUCGAAGUUGGCGCCAGUGUUUAUGGGACAGCAGCGACGUAACUGACAUAUACAGUGACGUAAUGACGAGCCAUGGAAAGCAAAUUGGUUCUCAGCUGGUUCGCAAGUUUAACCGACUGUGAACCAUCACCAGCACUGGAACUGCUUUGGUGGAAAAGGGGGUAUUAGAGAGCUUGCUGGACCCUCUUGCAAGACUUUUGCUAUUGAAACAGCUGCACGGACUGUUUCCUGAAAGACUAUAAACCACAAGUAUGUCAGAGGAAGCAGAGGUGCUGGAGUUUCUUCCUGAAACAGCUGCAUGGAAAGUUUCCUCAAUGACUAAAAACUGUAUUAGCGAUGUAAAUAUAUGUGGGUGUUGGAUUCUGCCUGUGUCCUGCACCACAGAAGGCCACAUGUUGGAUAAAAGUAGAGCUGUUUGGUGACUUUACCACAAAUACAUCAGAGGAAGCAGAGGUGCUGGAAGGAGACAAUGAAAUUCAGUUUCCUGUCAAUCAAUCAAACUGUAUUUAUAUAGCACCUUUCAUACAGACUAAUUUAGUUCAAAGUGAUCUACAGUUAGUUGAUUGACAAGCUGAUAAUAAGACAGAAUAAAUGACUAAAUUAAAAAGGAAAAUAACAAUAAUAAUAUUUUUUUUUAAAGAAAUAAAACAAAGAACAAUUUAAAGACAAAACUGGAGAUCAAUGCAUGCAAGAGAAAAUAAAAAGGAUAAACAUGCUUAAACAUUUUAAUAAAAUAAGACGAAAUAAAUAAUUAAAUAGAUUAAAAAAAUAGAUAAAUAAGUAAAAUAAGAGGGAAUAAGAGAAAAGGUUAAUUAAAAGUAAAUUAAAACUAUAGAAUCGUAAUAAUAAGAUAGUGUAAAAUAAAGUAGAUACAAAAUAAAUGAAUUAAAAAUACAUUUAAAACAGCAAAAACAAGCACAAUGCAAUAAAAUUAAAGGCUAUAAACUAUUACAUUUCUAAUCAAAAGCCAGGCUGAACAGGUGGAUAUUGAAUUUUCCUUUUAAAAAUGUCCACACUUCCAGCCGUUCUCAGGUCCUCAGGCAGUCUGUUCCAGUGGCUCGUAACGUAAAAACCAAACGCUGACUCUCCGUAGGUUUUUGUUUUGACUUUUGGAACAGCUAAAAGAUUCCUGCCUGAGGACCUGAGGAGCCGAACUGGUUCAUACACUGUCAUCAAUUGUGAUAAAUAUGCUGGUGCUAAACCAUGAAGUGCUUUAAAAACAAGUAAAAUCAUUUUCAAUACGAAAGUUAACAGGUAACCAAUGUAAAGACUUUAAAAUGGGUGUAAUGUUUUCUCUCCUUUUGGUCCUGGUCAGCACUCGGGUUGCAGAGUUCUGAAUCAGUUGUAGCUGAUUUAUGAGAGUUUUGGGUAGACCAGAAAGGAGAGCAUUACAGUAGUCCAGCCUGCUUGUGAUAAAAGCGUGCAUCACUCUCUCUGUGUCACUCAGAGAGAGAAAUGGUCGCACUUUUGCAAUAGUUUUAAGGUGAUAAAAAGCAGAUUUGGUGACAUACCCCACAUGAGCCUUGACGUUAAGGUCAGAGUCAAACACCACACCAAGGUUUCUUGUAUGUUGGCUUUGGGUAUGUCACAGGGAUCUCAAUUUUGCCACCAGUUUCUCUCUCUGAGCUUUAGAACCAGUUAGUAGUUUGUUCAGUGUAUCAAAUGUGUUUCUUAUAAUGUGACAUUUCAAGACUGUAUCCUUCUGGAAAGAAAUCUGUCCUACAGUAUUUGAGGAGGAAACAAAGUCUACUCUAUAUGAUCAUUUAUAAUACAAAGGCUCUAAGUGAUUCACAAAAAUAGGCCUGUACGAUAUGAUAUGAGAGAUUUGUUCCCUGGUUGUAAUAAAGAUAUUUUGCUUUCUUUA